AUGGAUGAUUCCAUUGACAGGCCUCUUCCGUCUCCCUUGACCGAGACUUGUUCCGAUGUCCGGGAUGCCACUGACUGUCUUCUGACCUCACGGCACGACGAGUCUGAUCAACGAAGUGAUCUUAUACCUACCAUUACCCCAUCAAAGGGGCCAGUUGAAAACAUGCUACAUUUCCUCUCAUCGGCCGAUAAUCUAACUUUGGCCUGGAUUGUUGCAUCCUUGGCGAUAGUAACAUAUGUUCUCCUAGGCAGGAUUGGACUGCUUUUAAUUGGGAUGGUGGCCGGUGUCGUUCUGCAUGCGUCAUGGGAGGCGGCUGAUACUGGUCUUUGGAAAGAUCCAACGGGCACUUCCAGUAUCUAUAGGAGAAAGGAGCUUUCCAUGAAUAUAGCGAACCGAUUGCUGGAGUUAUCGAGUCGCAAACCUUCAGAACCAAAAUCAAACAAUGGCGGGAUUAUUGCAGAAGCUGCUGAAGGGAUGUCUGAGCCUGAGCUAGAUUUCUCUGGUUUUCCGCCUAAGACAGCAGCAGCAUUGCGGUCAUUGACCGAUGCUGUUAUAAAGGACUAUGUAAAGUAUGUUCGCAUCACAUAUGUCUCCGCACGUUCUGACAGAAUACAAGUCACUGAUGCAUUCUUGGAGUUUCUCACAAAUUCUUCUUCUAUGGUUAUCGUGCUCUUGAAUGAAUUGUCAGCGGCGUUCCAGCAUGUCGAGGGCCGUUUGACGCCAGAAGAUGCAGUCAAACGGUAUCUGGAUUUACAUCCGGAAAGCAGCUUAGCGAACAUUUUGUCGGAGCAGCAGCAGCGAAUGAAAUUAAAAAUGGUAGCAGAUGAUAUCCUAUCCAGCUUUUUGGAACCAGGUGUGUACGCUUGUUCCGUGCUGAGGGACUUCCUUCGUGAGAUUCUGGCCGGUGUAGUGUUAGAGUCGGCGAUCUCCAAUCUUUCGCGAUCGGAGACGAUCAAUGGCUGGAUCAUUCAUCUUUUAAGGGAAGGUGAAUCGGAGUUGUUGAACGCCAUUGAUGCGGGGGUCGAGGGGGCCAAGGAGCAAGUGGUCGCUGUCGAAGGCGCCAACGAAGAGAACAAGCCUACAGCAGUUCCGUCUAGCGAGUCAGAUAUGGAGGGAAAACCUGCUGGACACUCUGAUACUUAUGGCAUUCUUCCUACGACCAAGGUUAUUGAGGUUCCAAUCUAUCCACCCGGAGGCACCACGGUUCAGACACAGGACUUGCAGCCCCAAACCGCUCGUCUGUGUUCCCCUGAAGAUAUGCUGUCCUCAGAUGCCCAGUCAACCAUGUUGCCGCACCACUCGCCUGUCGGGAUCCAAGACAAAGAAGCAACAAUCCAUACACCAAAGGUUAAAGACGCCGCAGAGAUUCAGAAUGAUUAUGAUUCGACAAAGAUAGAGUCCACAGAACAUUAUCCUCCAGUUCAACCUACAGACCCAUGCAUGGCACCGCCAGCCUCUCGUUUACCGGAUUUUCAAUCUAAAAAAUCACCUGCCACGACUCUUCAUCAUGCAUCCGUUUCAGUAGAGGAGCUUUCUGAAGCUAGUGAGAAAGCAUUAAUUCGGUCAAAACCUACAUCGAGUUAUUUGAUUCAAAUUGAGCCAGCAGCCACACGUCGCACUGGGUGGAUGAUUUUCAGAAACUAUGCAGAUUUUGAAUCACUACAUGGCACCCUUGGAACGAUAGCGAGGCUUAAUAAGAUACAAGAUUUUACGGAAAGCCACCCUGUCUUGCCACCUUGGAAGGGACAGACAAAGGGGGCCCUAGUGCGUAAUCUGGAGAGAUACCUUAAGGAUGCCCUUCACUAUGAAGCGCUUGCGGAUUGCGAGAGAAUGAAACGGUUUUUGGAAAAGGAUGAGCGCCUCGAUCCUGGUGCCAGCGAUGCCCCAGCUAAAUCUGGAUUUCCGUUUGCCACAUCGGUGGCGCUCGAAAACAUGGGCAAAGGUAUGCUAGGCGUUCUGACUAACGCACCGAAGGGCGUUGCUGAAGGUGGUAAAGCCGUCAUUGGUGGUGUUACCGGGGUGUUUGGAGGAGCAAAUGGCAAAAAAACAUCAUUCAACUCCAAAGGAUAUCAAGGAAACCAUGGCCGUUCCCUAUCAACUCGAUCCACCUCACAAAUGAACUACGGGAGUGCAGUUUCUGACGGUGUGGACAGGCCGAAGAGACCUGUCAGCGAGAACAAUAAGACAGAGCGUUAUUCUUUAGCUGUGGUCCCUACGCCCGAGUCCUCAGGUUCUCAGGAAGACCCUCCUAGCCCUGGAAGCGGAAACGUUGUUGACUCUACUAUACCAAGGUUUGGAGAUCUUGCCUCUUCCGAGUCAAAACUCGAGAGCGAUCGUCUCCAGGGGUCUUUGUCUGACUCUGAUGGUGGAGCUGACCUUGCUUCUCGCAUAAAACCUAAGGAAGAGCAGAAAGCGUCAGAUGGUCAAAGUACUGUGCGGCGUCGAGAAAGCCCUAUCUCCCAAGAGGAGACACAAAUAGCUGUGGAGCUCAUCUUUGCGGUUAUCAAUGAACUAUAUUCAUUGUCAUCUGCAUGGAACAUCAGGAGAACACUUCUGAACGCGGCCAAGUCGUAUAUUUUACGCCCUGGAAGCCCAAGUCUAGAGACGAUCCGCUCUCUCUUACAGGAGUCUAUGAUUGAUGCUAAUAUCUCGGAUGCAUCAAUCGCAUCCUAUCUCACCAAGCUCCGCGAGAAUGUCCUGCCGACGAAAGAGGAGCUGGAGUCCUGGCCUCAGCCGCCCAGUAGCGUGGAAAAGGAGCGUAUGAGGGAAAUUGCGAGAAAAACACUUGUCCUUAAGGGGCUACCACAGGCACUUACAAGUGUCAUGGGGGCUGCUGCUAGUCGCGAAUCACUCGAGAGGGUGUUUGAUUGCCUACAGGUUGAGAUGAUUGCGCGCGGUUUUGUUUAUUCCAUUCUUUUGCAAGCUCUGAGAGCUCUGACUUUUUGA